ACCUAUUUACAAAGCAAUAUAUAAGACAUCUGAAGGACCACGAAGAGCAGUCAUCCUCUUUGUUAGGAAUGAUGUCGUACCUGAAAGUAAUGAUCAUUUGGAACAUACUUUCUGUAUCCCUGGUGAUCCUUUCACUGUCCUUGAUUCAAGAAGUAUCUUCUCAAGCACUCUCCUGCAAAGGACGUUGCUUUGAAGCCUUUGAAAGAGGAAGGGAGUGUGACUGUGAUGCAGACUGCGAGCGCUACGGCAAAUGUUGCCCAGACUACGCCAAAGAGUGUAAAGAAGCUCAUGAAGAAAAGGCAGCUGAGACUCCUCCACCAACCAAACCACCAAAAAAUGAGGAAGAGAAGCCAGAGGAAGUAACACAGCCCAAUGAAGUUAUGGAAGAGACCACUACAGCUCAGACAGAGACCCCUGCGACAACAGUGGCAACAACAACCAAAGCAGACUCUCCCACCACCCCCAAACCUGAAGACACAACCCCAGAGGCCACAGAGAAACCAACAACCAAGGAAGACCUUCCCACCACCCCUAAAGUAGAAGAUACGACCCCAGAGGUCACAGAGGAACCAGUGACAGAGGCAGAGUCUCCCACUCCCUCAAAACCUGAAGACACAACCCCAGAGGCCACAGAGGAACCAGUGACAGAGGCAGACUCUCCCACUCCCAAACCUGAAGACACCACCCCAGAGGCCACAGAGGAACCAGCAACUGAGGCGGACUCUCCCACCACCCCAAAACCUGAAGAGACCACCCCAGAGGAACCAACAACUGAGGCUGACUCUCCCACCACCCCAAAACCUGAAGAGACCACCCCAAAACCUGAAGAGACCACCCCAGAGGAACCAACAACUGAGGCUGAAUCUCCCACCACCCCAAAACCUGAAGAGACCACCCAAAAACCUGAAGAGACUACCCCAAAACCUGAAGAGACCACCCCAGAGGAACCAACAACUGAGGCUGAAUCUCCCACCACCCCAAAGCCUGAAGAGACCACCCCAAAACCUGAAGAGACCACCCCAGAGGAACCAACAACUGAGGCUGAAUCUCCCACUACCCCAAAACCUGAAGAGACCACCCCAAAACCUGAAGAGACCACCCCAAAACCUGAAGAGACCACUCCAGAGGAACCAACAACUGAGGCUGACUCUCCCACCACCCCAAAACCUGAAGAGACCACCCCAAAACCUGAAGAGACCACCCCAGAAGAACCAACAACUGAGGCUGAAUCUCCCACCACCCCAAAAUCUGAAGAGACCACCCCAAAACCUGAAGAGACCACUCCAGAGGAACCAACAACUGAGGCUGACUCUCCCACCACCCCAAAACCUGAAGAGACCACCCCAGAGGAACCAACAACUGAGGCUGACUCUCCCACCACCCCAAAGCCUGAAGAGACCACCCCAAAACCUGAAGAGACCACCCCAGAGGAACCAACAACUGAGGCUGACUCUCCCACCACCCCAAAGCCUGAAGAGACCACCCCAAAACCUGAAGAGACCACCCCAGAGGAACCAACAACUGAGGCUGACUCUCCAACCACCCCAAAACCUGAAGAGACCACCCCAGAGGAACCAACAACUGAGGCUGACUCUCCCACCACCCCAAAGCCUGAAGAGACAACCCCCAAACCUGAAGAGACCACCCCAGAAGAACCAACAACCAAGGCUGAAUCUCCCACCACCCCAAAGCCUGAAGAGACCACCCCAAAACCUGAUGAGACCACCCCAGAGGAACCAACAACUGAGGCUGAAUCUCCCACCACCCCAAAACCUGAAGAGACCACCCCCAAACCUGAAGAGACCACCCCAGAAGAACCAACAACCAAGGCUGACUCUCCCACCACCCCCAAACCUGAAGAAACCACCCCAGAGGAACCAACAACCAAGGCUGACUCUCCCACCACCCCAAAACCUGAAGAGACCACCCAAAAACCUGAAGACAACACCCCAGAAGCACCAACAACCAAGGCUGAAUCUCCCACAACCCCAAAACCUGAAGAGACCACCCCAGAAGCACCAACAACCAAGGCAGACUCUCCCACCAGCCCUGAGGACAUGGGCCCUGCUGCAGCCACCGAGGCUGACACAGCUGCUGACUCUCCUGCAGAAGAUGAAGCAGCCACAGCUGAAGAAGAGAAGGCUCCCACACCAGAAGAGACCUCAACAGCUAAAAAAGAAGAAAGCCCUGUGGGAACUACAACAACAGCAGCUACAACUCCCGUGCCCAAACCCACUGUGCUGGCAACACCUGCCAAAAUAGAUUCAACUCCUAAACCUGAUGAGGUUGUAACAACAACUCAGAGAGACACAACCACAGAAAAUAAGCCGUCUGUGACAGCAGCAGCCAAAGAGAGCAUGGGUGCUAUCUGUGUUGCUGUACAGCCAACAGCAGAUGGUAAAAAAGAGGUAACCACCAUCAAAGAAACUAGUGUCACACCUGAAAAAGCAGUAGAAGAUGCCCCUGAAGAGGCCCCUGGUGUUGAUAAGGGAGAGGAAAGUACAGCACCCAAAGAGACUGCUACAAGAGAGAAAAAAGACACAAUAGAAGAAAUGUUUAUAAUUUCUAAUGGGACAUCCAAGCCAACUAUACAUUUCCAGGAGGUUCCUCAGCCAGCUGACCCUGACACUCUGCCAGUAAAAGAAGAGCCGGAGAUAAACAACCAACCUUCAUCAGAGACUGAGGACUUCCCAGCUGUACCUGGAGCAACACAAGCAGUGAACGACGAGAAGGAUCUGUGCAACGGGAAGCCGGCGGACAGCAUGGUGGCCCUGCCGAACGGCACCUUGGCCGUCUUCAGGGGUCACUACUACUGGCUGCUGAACGGCAGGAACCCCCCAACCACCAACCCCCGCCGCAUCAGCGACGGCUGGGGCAUCCCCUCUCCCAUCGACGCCGUCUUCUCCAGGUGCAACUGCGACGGCAAAACUUUCUUCAUCAAGGGCCCCUUAUACUGGCGUUUCACUAAUGGUGUUAUGGAUAAAGGCUACCCCAAACCUCUUGCAAAUGGAUUUGCAGGGAUAAGUGGGAAAAUAGUAGCAACCCUUCCCGUGGCAAGAUACAACAACAGACCAGAAUCUGUUUACUUUAUCAAAAAAGAUGGCAACAUGCAGCAGUAUGUGUACAGACAAGAACCAGCCAAGAAGUGUCAAAGGAGGACCCGGGUGACAGUCAGAUACCCAGCUUAUGUCCCAAGGCUUGUAAUAAGGAGACGCUUCCAACGUGCAGUGAGAAACCCAACAGUUAUUCAGAGCGUUAGAAUCAACCCACAUCCAUCUGGAAUGUUGCGCAAGGAAAUCAAAACGACUGCCUACUGGAGAGGGCUCCCAAAAGUCAUUCAUUCAACUAUAUCAAUACCCAACCACAAUAAGCCAGAUGGCUAUGACUACUAUGCCUUCUCUUACAAUCGGUACUACAGCUUGGAUGUUGGCAAAAGAAUAGCAAGACCUGUUACUGCUCUGACAGGAAAGACUGUAUCCAAAGACUGGUACAACUGUCCUACCAAGUGAUUCACAGCAGAGGAUUUUAAAAGAAGAUGCCAUUUGAAUGUUGACAUUUUGUCUAAUUUUAUUAAUAAAAGACAUUGAAAUGUUUGCACACAAAUCUAAGUAUAAAAUGCUGCUUUAAGCUCUGGCUUCAUGACACUAAUGCAACCACAGGCAAACUGGCACUUUAGUAUACACAGCUGUAAUGACUUUACAGAUCAUUUAACUAAUAUUUCCUCUGUUCAGGCCUCCUCUGCCUCCCAUUGCAUGAGUUACACCUGUAUUGGGAAAGAAAACAAACAGUGAGAUAAGAGCAGGAAUCCCUACCUACCAAGUGGGAAACUGAUUUAAACUAAAGGAUUUUUGUUCUUUUAAAACUUAGAAAAGCUUAAUAUCUAACUGCACUUUACUCCCUCCACUGGUAAGAGUCAAGUGCCACUGAAGAAGAAAGUUUGCCUGUCUGCAGAGUUCUCAGAUACACACUAAACCAGAACUCCAGAGCUUCUGGGCUAACAGACAUAAAAGUUUGGGCAGGGAUGCUGCAUUAUUUUACAUCUGACACGCAAGCACAGUGUAUGAAGUACUGCUUCAUAUACUUCCCCCCAGGAAGAAAGUACUGUAACCAUGUUUUUUUUAAAGAAUCUGAAUAUGAGCAGCCACAAACACUCACCCCUCUGUCUGUUGAACUGACGACCACGAACACCAGUUCUUAGUGUUGGUGGCUGAAGCCUGACACGUCGGAAGGGCUUCGGCUGAUUGCUGCUUGUGUCUGUGGAGGGGUGAAAAUGCAGGAAAGAAUGUUUGUGUAUGGUACAGUUUCUCACAUUUACAGGAUUUCACAUGCCUUAUACUCCUGAAUUUACUUUAAAAUAUGAAGGUGCAGCCUUAUUUUCAUUGACCUCUGAUACAAAUAAAAGCCUCGAAA